AUGAGGAAUAUCCAAGACACUGAUGGAACAAAAAGAAUAAAUACUACAAACUGUACUGCUACUAGACAAUCAAAACGUUUGCCAUUGAAUCAGCAUCAUCAUACACAACAGCCAUUGAAAACUGCUGUUUCGUCAAUUACUACUCAACACAAUGCUACAUAUCAACCUACUGUUAAACUAGACUCUGCUACUAAUACCAUUCAAACUAAACCAUGUUUGUCUUUAUCAACAGAGAGGGAUUUGAAUUCAUCUUCUAGUUUAUCACAGCAACAACAGCAUGAUCGCAUUCCGCAUACACUACAGGCUGGCGAGCAAUUAUCAUUAUUGCAUCAAGAUCUACUUUCUCAAGACACUCUUAAUAGUGCAGACGAUAGUCAAAGUAGUGUUCUUGUUGCUCUUAGUCCAGUUCUUGUGUCAUGUGAAGCGACUAGUCCAUCACUGUUUAUUUCAACACAGGAACGCUCUAAUAGGGCUGUAUCGCCUUCAACCGCUUGUUUUCGGACGCAAUCGCCAUUGGCAACAGCACCUAUCGAUAAUCCCAUUUCCACUAAUCACCCAAACGCUGAAUUAGAUUCUUCCAAUACCAGCAACAUGGAAACAUUCAUGGAAUCUACACAGAGUACUAUAGAAUAUGUUGAAUGUUCUCUAUCAAACAAUUCCAUGCCAUUGGGCCAAAUUCAUAUUCCAAACGAAUCCUCGCUUAAUUCGCUAGAAAAUGCUAAUCUUGCAGUGGAUUAUGUCACUUUGAUUCCAGACACGCAACCCUCGGCAACAUUGGAAUGGAGUCAAAUGCAAACGCAACCGUUAGAUAUCCCAUUUUCGCUAGAUACUGAAUCACAACUAGCUGAUAUAGAUGCAUUACGGCAACCGCCUGCUGAACCAAUAUCUUUACAUGACAUUAUGUUGGAAGCACACGUAGUAUCCACUUGCUCAUCUGUCGAAACCGACGAUCUGCAUACUGCAUGUUCUCUGGAUGCCACGUCAAUCACAGGUGACUCUCUUGCACCAGAAGCCAUUCAUGAGCUUCAAUCCAUGACUGGCUCAUAUUUACCACGGCAUACGCUGGAUCAGUCGCUCAAUAUCAUUUCACCAUCACCACUCAUCGAGAUCUGCAUCGAUGGUAAAUCUAGUGUUAGGGGUGUAUCUGAGUUGGAAACUGCUUCAUUACUGCAAUCGCAAAAAACUUUGAUGGCGUCAACUACUCUCUCGCAGCGGCGAUUACUCAAAACUGCUCGAGAAGAAAAUAUCUUGCCUCUUAAUAGUCCAACAGUUACUACAAGACGCCAAUCUGUAGAUAGAGAUGUUACACAAGGCAUUGAGAAUCAGCGAGAGAAAACAAACACUGUAUUUAAAUCUCCCCAGCAUACUAAUGCACAGCGAAAAUCUAGUCAAUCUUUUGGACUGGGAUGCUUGGAUUCUCAAUCAAGGCAUUAUGGAUACCUGUCGUGCUCACAGCCAAUGACUGGCAUAUCCCAGGAAAUUGCAGAUACCCAACCGUUGGGUUCAUUUGAUACCAAUCUACCGUGUUUAGACGAGAAUGAUGAUGACAUUGGUGAGCUCCGACUUACUCUACACCAAAACACUUUGAACAAGCAACUUUCAUUAACGACCACCGAGUCCUUUAUUCAUUCAAUCAAGACAGAUGAUACGUCUUUUGGUUUAAAUAGUGGUACCAUGUCAUCUAAUCCAAACCAGCACGCUUUGGAAUCAGAUCAAUACCGUAUAAGUCGAAUUUCUACACCUGAAUGUGUUGAUGAACCACAUAUACUUGACUCGUCCAAAACUGUAUCAUGUGCUCAGCCUAGCUUAUUUCUUCAUGCUUCAACCUUGCAAGAGCCAGCUACAAGUCGUGUCGAAUUAAAAGAUGUAGCGGGUUUGGCUCUUCACGACAUAAAACCAGUAUUACCAAUUGUCAUCAGUCCAUUCAAGGCAAGGUUGAGUGCGCAUGAAACUGGUUCAAAUUUUGAGUCGAGCAAUGAUCCAGUAGUUAUGGACAACAACGCAACUGAAAAGAUAUCCUAUUCCACUGAAUGUGCAGAAACUAUGAUUGCAUUGCUGGGUAGUGAUGUUACUAUUGCUGAUAUUUCACACGAUAUCGUGCCUGCUUUAAAGUCUAUUCAAGUACCAACAAGAAAGUCACAACGACUACGUGGCCGCUCUAACAUUGCUUCUGAUCAAGUGCAGCCUAUCAAACUAAAGAUGCCAGAGUCUGAACUACCAUGUCCUUUGCCUAUACCAUUUGGAAAAACGGAUCAUGCACAAAAACCAGAUGACGGAGCGAGAGAAAUCAAAAAUGAUGCAGGAUGCACGCAAAAUGUAUCUGUUGAUUGCACGACCAAAAGUACUAUAUUUUCUCGUAAGAAACAAGCUUUUCAGAUGCAUGGAAAUCACCUGAAUAAUGGCGAUAAAGCAAAUGCAACAACUCAGGAUGUGCUAUAUACAUGUACACAGUGUGAAGCUACAGCCACUACAUGCCAACGUAAAGGAUUGAAUGAAACCAAUUAUUUAUGCGACGACUGUAAAAUGCGCUGUACUUUAAACGAGAUAAACACUUGCGCAAUGGACACAUCUGGUUUAGAAACGAAUACUGGCAUUGGUUUUGUUGCUGACACUGCAUUAAUGCCUGUGUCAAAUCAGCCAAUCAAAUCUGUGCAAUCUGAUCAAACUACUUGCAACAAAACCAUGAUCAAAAAGCAAGAUUUGUUGGAGUUUGAAUCUACCGAGACGGAUGCUUCGCUUGAUCAUGGCGCAGAUACUGGCACUGAUGUUUGUCAAGAACUACGCAAACUUAGAUCCAAGCGUCGCAAGGUGACUAUUGCCGCACAUGAUUCAUCCGUGGAUACCACUCCAUUUAAAGCAUCAUCUCGAUGCACUCCUAAACAACGAGCAUCAAAAAAGUCUUGCUAUGUUUCACCCCGAAUGCCUUUUCCAAAUUCUACUUCAACUCCUCAACGUCAAUUACAAUUUUACCUUCAAGACCAAUCGUAUCUUUUUUUACAAUACCAACGUGGUGAUCAUGUAUGGGCAUUAUGGAACGAUGUAUACUAUCCUGCCAUGAUCAAUGAACGACUUGGAAAAAGCAACCGAUACAUGAUUCUCUAUCUCAAAGACGCAUCUACUGAGUUGCUAGAUAUUGAUCGGUUGAGACCGUUGGAUAUUGCUAUUGGAGAUGCGUGUCAUACUGUUGGGAAAAAAGGUGAACUGCGAUUGAAAGUUGCACGAGUAUGCCAGAUUGUGGAUCCGUUCAAGACUUACAAGAUCUCACUUGAUGCCAAGCACGAGGCAAAGUGUGUACCGUUGAAUACAAUGACCACUACCGCUAUGUUGAUUGCCAAGAAUGCUUGCAAAAGAGAGGUUAAUGGGGGUUUACCCAACUUAUUUGAUACACGAGAAGUUGUCAAGGAUGCUUGUAAGGUGGAGUCAAUGAGCGAACAGUUGAAUUUUGAGCAUAAUAUGUUUGCAGGGUUUGGAUUUUUGGUUUCUUUUUCACGAUUGCAUACUGCUUCAACUUUUACAGUGCGAUCCAAUGCCACUACCAAUCCUGAUGGACAUCAUCAGGUUUGCACUAGUUUUGCUAGCAGUGUAUCAGGAUUCACAACUGAUGUGGAUCUACACCAACGACAUCAUGCUGCUAGUCACGAUAUUCUUUGUAUAGAUCGAAAAGAAUCUAUUAUAUUCGAGUUACAAAAGGCUGGUGGAUUGGUAUAUGAUGAUUUCAGUACACUUUUUGAUGGUCAUCAGCCAACCAAGACAUGUCCUGCUGCUGUCGUUCUCGUUGCUCAACGACCUACGCGAUCUAAAAAGUUUAUCAUGGCUGUUGCAUUGGGUAUACCCAUUGUUUCAACCAUGUGGGUUCAAGCGUGUAUGAAUCAAGCAAGUAGUGGAUCGUUGGUUGAUUUUGCAGACUACAGACUAUCGAAUGGAGAAUCACUUGAAAUGGGACAUUGGUGUGUUCUCGCACCCUCACCCAAAGGCGUAUUUCAGUCUAUAAAGCUAUUCAUUUACUCCAAAGACAAGUCCAAAACUACCGAGAUCAAAUCCAUCAUACAAAGUGCGGAUGCUCAUAUUGUAUCGCAUCAAGCCUUUCGACUUGACCAGCCGAUUGAUUAUAUUGUAUGUGUGUCAAAACCUACACAAGAAGAUGUCUUGACUCUUUUAAAUCGAUCCAAUGCACCCGUUGUUACACUUGAAUGGGUAUUUCAAUGUAUUAUCAAUCAGCGACUAUUGGAUGUUCAGAGUCAUUCACGAUACCACUGUUGGGAAUAA